CGGCGGGUACUGCGAGUGGGUGGACAAGGCGGGACGAGGCCUGGACCCGUGGAAGGAGGCCGAGACCCUGGAGGAAUACGAGAGGCUGCUCGUUCUCAGGUGCGAGGAGGAGGGCAUCGGGAAUCAGCUGAGAUGGGUCGUGAAGGGGGACACGCCGGACGUCGUCUACUAUCAGAGUCUCAAGCAUUUCCAAAUCGGAGGGAGAAUCUUCGUUCACGAUUGACGCGUCGGCCGUUUCGUAUGUAUUUUUUAAAUAAAGCACCGAGC